AAGGACAGGGGGGCAAAGCUUGAAGGCUCUGGAUGCACCUUCUCAGUCUCUUGUGUUAGUUACAGCCAUGCACAUCCUGUAUACUGACUCUGGGCGCCGGGACCUUCCAGGGACCAGAGGGGAUGAUGAUGAUGCUGAUGAUGCUGAUGAUUAUGAGAACAUGGCGCCAUCCUAUAAGGACCUUCCUCCCAAGCCAGGUUCAUUUGUUCCACCAAGGCCUCCAAAGGCAGGAAUAAAAGCAGAAACCCACCCACUUUCCAGCAAGCCCCUGGAAAUCACAGGCCUGGACCUCACCCCUGUCAUCAGCACAUCUCAACUGGGAAUUUCUCCCGAGCUUCCUCCAUUCCAGCCAUCCCAAGCCACAACUCCAGUGCCCUGGGUCGGUCAGAAAUCUGGGGGUCCUGGGUGCUACCAGGAGGAGAGAUGGCUGGUUUUUCUGUGUCUUCUGGUGGUGGUGUCACUGCUCCUGGGCUGCACUGGUCUGGCUGUAACCCUGAUUAAGUACCAGGCGGUGGUGGAAGAACUGAAGAUGUUAACCUUCCAGCAGAUGGCGUGGCAAGCAAAUGUGACUGGCAUGUCGGGGCUUGCUGGCCUGAAGAAGGACAUGGACCGAGUAAGAGCUGACACCAACCGGUCGCUGAUGGAACUUCGGGGCUUUUUGGACUGUGCCAGGGUCACCUGCCCUGAGGGCUGGCUCCCUUUUGAGGGCAAGUGUUACUACUUCUCCCCAAACACCAAGCCGUGGGAUGAAGCCCGAAAGUUCUGCCAAGAGAAUUACUCCCACUUGGUCAUCAUCAGUAGCAUUGAAGAGCAGAACUUUGUGACCAAGGCUCACCGCUCUCCACGGGUGCACUGGCUGGGGCUGAGUGACAGGGAACACGAAGGGAACUGGAAGUGGCUGGACGGGUCGCCUGUCACUCUGAGCUUCUGGGAACCAGAGGAACCUAACAACAUGAAUGAUGAGGACUGUGUCAGCAUGAACAAAUAUGGCAGCUGGAAUGACCUCUCUUGCUCCAAAGCUACGUAUUGGAUUUGUGAGCGGAAAUGCUCUUGUUGAACCCCAGGGAUUAGACUGGGUGGGGAUCCAUAUCCAAGCACCCCUUGACUCUUGGAGAUGAGAAGUUCCUGCCCUUCCUGCCUCUCUAGGAACUGAUUUAGAUGCAUCCAAGGUGAACCAGCAGCUUGGAUGUAGCAAGUUCCCUGGGGUGUAAGUCAGACAAUUUCUAGGGUGAGAACUCAGGGCUUAAUCAAUUGGAUGGAGUCUGAGUGUGUUUAGGCUACUAUAACAGAAUACCAUAGACUGGAUGGCUUAUAAACAACAGAAAUUUAUUUUUCAAAAUGCUGGAAGCUUGGAAGCCCAAGAUUAAGGUGCAGGGAGAGUCAGUGUUUGGUGUAGGAAGGCCUGUUUCCUGGUUCAUAGAUGCCACCUUCUUGCUGUAGAAUGGACAAGAGAAUUGUCUGGAGUUUCUUUUAUAAGAGCAUUAAAGACAUUCAGGAAGACUCUACCCUCAUGACCUAAUCAUUAUCCAAAGGCCCAACUCUGAAUGCCAUCAAAUUGGGGAUUGAGUUUCAACAUAUGAUUUUUUUGGGUCACACACAUUCAGUUCACAGCUGAUGAUGAGUUGGAGUGAUGGCCUCCCAGUUCUGGGAUCUGGAGGAAACUCACCAAGUCCUAGAUCACGGAACUUAGGAAGUGAUGCUUGCUCUGGGGGCUCUGGAACUGACAUUGAUUGAUUAUAGAGCUGAAAAUACCUUCGGUCCUCUGAAUCAUGAUGUACUGGGUCUGGACUCCCUUACUGCCUACCAGAUGUGGAUAAGCUUCUGGCAAGCAGAUGGGGCAAGAUUCUUCUUGACAAGCAACUUUCUCAAUAUCCCAGGUGAUGUUUGACCAAGCUAGGUGAUGGACUCAGACUUCUGCUAAGAUUUGGCCGAUGGAACUGCUGACUAGCUGAAAGGCAAGACUCCCCACUCAAUGUGGCCAACCCAGGCCAUGACUUGGUCAGAUCCUCAGGACAGCAAUGGAGAUACCUACCCACACGUGCCUUUGAACUAUUUUCAGUUUGUAAAGGUCUUUGAUGAAAUAUUUCACUUUACUGCCAGGUGGACAUUCUGGGGCUAUUAGCUCUUGCAAUGUUAGAGCUUCUCAAAAUGCCAGUUCAACGUGUGGUCCUUGUCUACUGGGUUAACUUUCUGGGGCUGACACAAUAAAGUACCAUAGAUUUA